CCCUGCUUCGGGUUUGCUCUCCCAUCGGUCUUGCCCGGCCAAGCUGCUCUCGCAGAGUCACCAGCCUGCACCCCGCAGCCCAGACGACCGCACCUUGCUGCCUUCCGCGACCUAUCCAGAGCAGAUAGCGAGCCGUUGGUCUGCCACCCUGUCCAUCAUUCCUUUGUGAGCCACACCAACGCUCUCCAUGGCCCGCAAGCGCCACCUGAAGCUGCCCGAAUCUGAGUCCGAGCCGGAGGAUGACGCCGUGCCGGCCUCGCUGCCGGCCAGAGUCAAGCCCGAGCCCGAAGCCAGCUCCGGAGGCGACAUUGUCAAGAAAGAAAAGCGCCGCAAGGCGGCAUCGACGCCAGCGCCAGCUGAGCAGCGGGCCAUCAUCCAGAGCUCCCGCACGGACCGAUCGGCCAAAUCGCCCUACAACCAGGACAGGUUCUUGGACGGAUCGAUCGUGCGGAUCAAGCUCAAAUGUUUCCUUACCUACGACCUGGUCGAGUUCUUCCCUGGACCUGAUCUCAACAUGGUUAUCGGCCCAAACGGCGCUGGCAAGAGCACGAUCGUUUGCGCCCUCGCACUGGGACUUGCAGGGAAGCCUGAGGUACUGGGCCGAGCCAAGGAGCUGCACGAGUUCAUCAAGCAUGGCCACGAGAAAGCUGAGAUCGAGAUUGAGCUGCGGUCUCGAAGACGGGGCAACGUCACCAUCACCCGCCUUUUCAAGAAGAUCGAGAAGGGCAGCUCGGGCCAGGUCUCGACCCAAACCACUUGGAAGAUCAAUGGAUCGGUUGUCACUCCCAAGGUCGUUGAGGAGACAGUCUUGUCGUUCAAGAUCCAGGUCGACAAUCUAUGCCAAUUCUUGCCCCAGGACAAGGUUUGCGAGUUUGCCAAGAUGAACUCGUCCCAGCUUCUGCAGGAGACUGAGCGGGCCGCUGGAGACCCACGACUGUUCGAGUGGCAUCAGCAGCUCAUCAACCUCAAGAACGAAGAGCGGUCUUUUGGUGUGACGGUCUCGCAAGACCAAGCAAAUCUCGAUGCCCUGAAGAGCAAGAAUGCCACGAUCGAAGCCGAUGUUCACCGAUUCGAGCAGCGCGAACAGGUUUUGGAUGAGGUCAGCAGGGUCGAGUAUCUCCUCGCUCACAGCGCCAUGGAGGCGGCCGCACAGGUCUACCAAAGCAAAAGAUCCCAGCUGAGCGGCCUCGAGACCCACCAACAGGAGACCCAGAACGAGCUCACGGCGACCGAAGCCGAGUUUACCGCAGCCAAGGACAAAAACGACCAAUCCCGGCGCACGGACAACUCCAAGCGAACCGAGUACGACCGGCUUGUGUCGUCCAUGCAAGAGUCGCUCGAGGCUUUCGGUACGGCCACGGCCGACUACGAAGCCUCCAAGAAAAACGUCGAGGGUGUCAAGCGCAAAGAGCAGGAGCGCAAAAAGCGGCGAAAAGAGCUCGAGCUUUCUGUCCAGCGGUCGGAGGCCAAGGUGCACGAAGCACGCGAGGCGUUUCUCGAAGUGGGCUACUCGCCCAGUGGUGAUGAGCCGCCAAAGAUGCAGGAGCUUGCCCGCGAAAUCGACGAGAUCAAUACGGAGCUGAGAGAGAACUUCAAGGACGUCCAAAGCAUCGGCAACGAGAUGGCGCUGAUCGAUGCCGACUCUGAUCGGAUCCGCAAGGCUCGCGAGGAAAUGCAGCGCAAACUCGACGACAUGGACAGCAUCCAGAACCGCAAGAUCCAGAUCAUCGAGAACGACGACUAUCUCGUCCACGUCCGGCGCACGAUCGACUGGCUAAAGCACAAUCAGUCCAAGUUCCGGUCCAAGAUCUUUCUGCCCAUCAUCCUCGAAGUUCAGGCUACGCAGCCCGAGUACGCGCAAAUCAUCGAGGCUGCCAUUGGGCGGUAUAGCUUGACCUUUGUGGCCCUCAACACCGAUGACUACCGCAAGUUUAGUGGUGAAGUCAACGACCAGCACCACUGGCGUGUCGACUCGCUGAAUGCGCAGAGCGUCCUUGACCGCGACUACAGCCCCACGGUUCCUGUAGAGGAGAUUCGCUCCCUCGGAUUCGAUGGCUAUCUGAUCGACUACAUCCAGGGGCCGCCGGAAAUCAUCCAGGCAUUGUGUCAUCUCUCCAACAUCCAUCGGAUGCCCGUCAGCUUGUCUGCAAACAGCGUCGAUCACGAGCGGGUCCAGAACCACAAGGGUAUUCCACGCUACAUUGCCGGUGAUAUGACGUACCACACGCGCUUUGCUUACGGCCAGUCGACAACAGCCGUAAGCCAGCUUCGUCCAGCCAAGUAUCUGAUUCACUCGGUCGAUACGAACCAAAAGGCCGAGAUCAAGAGGAAAAUGGACGAGCUGAUCGAUUCGCUGCAGACCAACAGCUCCAAGAUGCAGCAGCUUGGCGCAAAGGAAUCCAAGUUGCGCAAGAAGGACGAAACCCUCAAGAACGACCAGAAACUCAAAUGGGCCGAGCGCCGACGGAUCGAGAGCGUCAAGUCCGCGUACGAACAUGCCAAACUGAGGCUUGAAUCUGAUGAAACGUCGUUGGAGCAUCUGAAUCAGCAGCGAUCGGAUCAGUCCAAAAAGCUCAAAGAUCUCGAGCGGCGGAUAUUCGAGGCAGCCAAGCAAAAAGCCAAGGCGUCGCUUCGGCUACAGAUUGCGACAAAGAAAUGCAACGAAGGCUCUACCAAGCUGAUCGAAUCGUCUCUGGGGAUGCUGUAUGCGGCAUCAAACUUCCAGAAUGUGAAGAAUCGACUCGAGGAGGCCCGGGUUGCAUGUCGAGACGCUACGAAUCAACUGCUUCAAGCCAAGGAGUCUUUGAAAGAGUUUAAGCGGGCAGCUCAAGAGAAGCGCGAUGCCUUCAGGAGCGUUGCUCAGAAGCGGAAGCUUACGCAGGAAGAGUUGGAUGCCGUGCGAGAGAAAUACCGUGAUAUGCCUCUGGAAUCUCUGGAGCUCAAAGUGAACGAGCUCAAUGCCCUUGCCGAGAUGGUCCACGUCGAUCAGCGGGUCAUCAACGAGUUCAAUCAGCGCAAGCAGGAGAUUGAUCGCCUCCAGGCCAAGCUUGACUCCAGCACAUCGCGACAGCACGACAUGAUUCAAGGCAUCGAUGACAUUCACAAUGAGUGGUUCCCGAAGCUGGAGGCUCUCAUCACCAAGAUCAGCCAGACGUUCUCAGACUCGUUCCUUGAAAUCGGAUGCGUCGGCGAAGUCAGGAUUCGCAAGGAAGAGGAUUACAGCAAGUGGGGAGUCGAGAUCCUGGUCAAGUUUCGAGACACCGAAAAGCUGCAAGUGCUGACCGGGUUCCGGCAAUCUGGUGGUGAGCGCAGCGUGUCCACCAUUCUCUAUUUGAUGGCGCUGCAGGGCCUGUCGACGAGCCCGUUCCGGGUCGUUGACGAGAUCAACCAGGGCAUGGACCCGCGCAACGAGAGAAUGAUCCAUCGCCAGAUGGUCAAUGUGGCCUGCCGCGACGGUGCCUCGCAGCAAUUCCUUAUCACUCCCAAGCUCCUACCCGACCUCGACUACCACCCGCGGAUGACCGUCUUGUGCAUCUACAACGGCGAGUGGCAGGAGGAUCGCUUCGACAUCCACGAGUACAUCCGCAAGGCACGCAGGGGGCGAUAGCUGCUGUCGACACUGCAGCAUCUGUCCGAUCUGGUCUCGCCUCGUCCCGUUGCCGAGCUGCUGGAGUGGUGGCUUUUGCAUCGCUGCGUCAAUAGAUCGAACUCUGU